UGUUUUGUGGCGUAUGGUUUGUUUUGCGGAAACACGUGUUACUCGAUCGCGUUGUUAAAUAUAAUUUUUACACGUAAAUUAACAUUAAAUAUUGUUGUUGAAUAUCUGAUCAUAUGAAUCGAUUUAAACUGCAUAAUGUUCAAUUUUUCCACUUUCAACCUAAAGCCAUUCAAUGCUUGGCGUACGACGAAGAUUCGGAAUUAUUGGCUGUGGGAAGGUCAGAUUCUUCAAUUGAAAUAUGGGAUUUGAAAUAUGCUCCUUAUCAAGAAGCUAUUAUAAGUUGCUCUGAGGAUACUGUAGAAUCUCUUGCUUGGUAUAAUGGUCGUCUGUUUAGUGUUGGAUUGAAUGCUGAGAUAGCUGAAUAUGAUUUGAUUAAACUUACCUCUAAGUAUAGUUUUCCAGUCCAUUCCAGUCCUUGUCAUUGUAUGGCUGUAAAUACAAAAAAAGCUGCUAUUGCUGUUGGCACAGAAAAUGGUUAUAUUUGUAUAUUUAAAAUAACAUCAAAUGAUUUGAAUUUUGAAAAGACAUUAAGCAAACAAGAAGGUAGAAUAAUAUGCAUUGCAUGGCAUCCUACUGAAGAUAUUAUUGUUUCUGGGUCAAUUGAUGUCAUUCGGAUAUGGAAUGUUAAAUCUGGCUAUGCAUCUGAGAGAAUAAUUGUUGGAAGCUUACAACGUAAAAAAGAAACAAUAGUUUGGUGUAUUGCUGUUACAAGUGAUUUUACUAUAAUAAGUGGUGAUUCUUGGGGUAGAACUUCCUUCUGGGAUGGAAAAACAACAACAUUAAUUGAUUCAAUGAAAAUUCAUAAAGCUGAUAUUCUUACACUUUGUCUCAGUAAGGAUGAAAAUUUUGUGUAUGUCAGUGGAGUUGAUCCAAUCAUAAUACAGUUUGUAAGAGUACAAUCUACAAACAAACAAAAAUGGGUAAAAUCAGUCCAAAGGAGAUUACACACACAUGAUGUUACAGCAGUGACAUUAGCUAAAGAAUAUCUUAUAUCUGGUGGUAUUGAUGUAUGUUUAACUUUAAGCAAGUAUCCACCAAAGACACAAAUAAAAUGUUCUCCUUUUCCAAAGAAGUGUCAAGUCUCUGUAGCAAAUAAAGCCCAUUGUUUAUUAUUAAAUUAUUCAAAUUCUUUAGAAAUGUGGCAGUUGGGCCAUACAAACAGUAAUUCUGGAAAUAAUGGUGAAAUAUUACCUCUGGUAUCAAGAGAGAAAAAAAUCUUGCAAUUAAAUUGUAAAAACAAUGAAACCAUAAUUUGUUGUUGUUUAUCAGAUGAUGGAAGAUGGUUAGCAUAUUCCACAAAAGAGAAAUUGAAAUUGUAUCAUUUUUCUCUGGAAGAAGAUACAUUUACAGCAUUAUCUCAUUCAAAUUUUCAUAAAGUUCAUUUACUUCCAAAAGAAUGCAGUUCAGUUCAGUUGAUGACUUUCACACCAAUGGGAAAGUUCUUAGUGAUGAUCACACCUUUGCAGAAUCUGCAAGUUAUCAAAGUGGAUUUGAUUCAGCCAACAUUAAUUCAUAACAUAUCAAAGCCAAAUGAAAACAAAUAUAGAUAUACGCACCUAUCUGUGAGUAGGGAUGGUUCUUACAUUGCUUGUGCAGAUAAUGGUGGAAAUGUCAUUGUAUAUAAUUUUUCUACAGGCAAGGUAGGGAAAAUUGAAAUUCACAGUGUACUUCCUCAUCACAAAUGUCAAGCAACAGCAUUAUCAUUUCAUCAUCACAGUAAUAAUUUGGUUGUAGUUUACAGUGAUCAAAAGUUUAUAGAAUACUCAUUGGAAGCAAUGGAAUAUACAAGACUUUCAAAAAGAUACCAUUUGCUGGAAAUGCAAGGAGUUGACUCACAUUCUUCAAUAACUGGAGUGUUGUUUGUGCCAAAUAAUGAGAACUUGAUAUUACUUUAUGAUGACAGUCAAAUAUAUGUCAUAAAUAAAACAGAGUCAAUGAAAGAGACAUCUAAGCGUCACUGCAACAAAGAAAAAGAAACAAAAGAAGCUUCUCUUACCAUAAUUAAACGACACAAGCACAUGUUAUUGCUGAAUUCACUGAUAGGAGAAGAAUUAGUUGCAGUCACAAUUACACCACUCCAAAUAAUGAAUAAUUUACCUCCUCCACUUUGGCAAAAAAAAUAUGGAACUUAAAAUUUAAUAAAAUAUUUUUAUAUACCAUAGAUGUGGCAUUGUAAUA